AUGUCGUACGUCGUUAUUAUUGGCGGCUCGUACGUAGGAACAAAAGUUACUCUAAUCGACCCUUCUAACGUCUUCUACUAUAAUAUUACCUCGCUACGAAUUAUCGCUAAGCUAAAGGAGGCUAGAGAUUAUACUAAAUCUAUUAACACUUCUACUAAAGUAGUGCGCGUUAAGAGUAGAAAGGAGAUUCUAUACGAUUAUUUAGUCGUCGCGUUAGGUUUAACGACACUAGGAACUAUUACUACUAAUAGUAUUAUUAUUAUUAGCGUAGGACUAGUUCUCCUUAACCUUAAAGCCUUAGCUACUAGAUCCGCUUAUAUAAGUCUUAAGAACUUAGAUAUUAAGAUUGUCUACUCUACUCGAGUUAAUAAGAUAACGUAUAAGAACGGAAAAUCUAUUACUUACCUUAAUGAUAGUAGGACUCUAGAAGUGGCUCUAGUUAUCUCGAUAAUUAGAGUCGACGAGAACAUACGUAUCUUAUCUAUCGCCGACAAUUCUGUCUACGCCCUUAGCGACAAUAUAAUUACUAAGGUAGGAUCGCUUAUAACCUAUGAUGCUAGUAAUAAGUUAAUGAUUUUUGUGCCUAUUAGAAGCAAAACCGGCACUAGGCAGAUUAGUAAGUUUAUGCCAUUUAGCUUUAUAGUUGCAAUAGUUAAGGGCAAGGAUUAUUUUAUAAGUAAGGCUACUACUAUAAUUACUACAUAG